CGCGUGACUCCUAAAAAAACUUGCAUUUAAGUGCUAUUUAUAGAUACUUUUGCACUUGUAUUGGAUGUGCUGCAUUUAUUGAGACACUUUUGCUUCCGUCAACAUUUUGCUGCGGAAAUUGGCACACUCUCUUCAAGGUCAAGGACGUUUUGAGGCAGCUAAUGAACUUCCCAUCGGGCGAAAACCUGUUCCUAUAAAGUUCAGAUACAUAUGUACAUGACUUUAGCAAUUUUUUAGAAAGUCAAAAGCAGGCUGCAUCGACAAUUUCCUUAACGUGUCAUUAUUAAACACCCAACGAGUUUGGACGCAUAAAUAAUCAUCAGCUAAGCCCGUGGAAUUUUUUCGCACAAACUACGAAAUGUCAUCCGCCGCAGUUCAGCCACCCCCGCCAGUUCCACCACCACCACCCCCAUCCGCCGCCGCCUCAGCGGGAAAGGGUCUUCACUCCAAGCUGUACAAUGGGAUGAUUGGUGCCGCCGACAAAUUUGUGCCCGCCAAGCUGCGACCACUUUGGAUGCAUCCAGCUGGUCCAAAGACGAUAUUCUUCUGGGCACCCGUCUUUAAAUGGGGUCUGGUUGCCGCCGGUCUGAGUGACCUGGCCCGUCCGGCCGACUCCAUCUCCGUGUCCGGAUGUGCCGCCCUGGCCGCCACGGGCAUCAUCUGGUCCCGCUACUCGCUGGUGAUCAUUCCCAAGAACUACAGCCUGUUCGCCGUGAAUCUCUUCGUGGGCAUCACGCAGGUGGUGCAGCUGGCGCGGGCAUACAACUACCAUCAGGGUCAGGAGAAACUGAAGAAGGAGCAGGUGCUGCCGGCGGCGCAGAAUUAGAGACAUAUCGAAUCGAAUACCGGUGCUGUCCCCUACAUAUAGACUUUAAUCGAAAUGUUAUGUACAUACAUACAAAUCCCACAACGCACAACGUAAACGAAAGGAUUAAGAAGCUGUGUUCGCAGAUCGGGCAUCUGCGUUUUACAAUCUGUUAACCAUUAUUAUUUAUGGUCUAUCGCCUUAUGGACGUGAUUCGUAUUACUUAAGUUGUAACUGUGGAGGCUUUGCGUAUAGUUUUAUGAAUACGAAAAUCAUUGGACAGAUUUUGAUUGUCAACAAAUAAACCAAUAUAUUGUAAGACUGUAGACACUAGAUAAA